AUGCUAUUGAAGUCAAUCAUCAGAUCAAUGUCCCUAGCGCCUUCUUUUGAGACUAAAAUUCUUAGAGUUGAUCCUUCAUCUAUCCAUUUCGCACCGCUUGCUCAUCUCGAUGGAUCUUUACCAACAAUAAGUGAUCCGAAGACCAAGGAAGCUUUACUUGAAGCCGCAAGAAUUAUAAGAGAAACGGAAGACACCGUUGCUUUCCCAACUGAGACCGUUUAUGGACUGGGUGGGUCAUCGCUUAAUGAUAAAUCCGUACUAAGCAUCUAUAGAGCGAAAAAGCGACCUAGUGAUAACCCAUUGAUCACUCACGUUUCAUCAAUUGACCAACUCAAUAGGAGAAUUUAUGAAGAUAGCUCAUCGUCCGGGGAUUCGUUGCUGAAGAAUAUACCACACUCAUAUCAUGCGCUAAUAUCGAAAUUAUGGCCGGGUCCCUUGACUAUCCUUCUGGCAGUUCCUCUAAGUGGCAUUAAAACACUUUCCAAAUUGACUACUGGAGACCAGCCUACUUUCGCUGUACGUAUUCCUUCAAAUCCAGUAGCGAGAGCUUUAAUAGCACUGAGCGAUACGCCUAUAGCCGCACCUUCAGCUAAUGCUUCCACUAGACCUUCACCUACUUUGGCAUCUCAUGUUUAUCACGAUUUAAAGGGUAGAAUCCCACUGAUACUGGAUGGUGGAGCUUGCAAUAUCGGUGUUGAAAGUACUGUGGUUGAUGGCUUAUCCCAACCUCCUUCGCUACUACGGCCUGGUGGUUUCACUUAUGAGCAAAUUAUAGCUCUAGGUGGCAGUGAUUGGACUGAUUGUAAAGUAGAAAGGAGAGAAACGGUUGGAGAGACAGAGAAGGUUAGAACUCCAGGAAUGAAAUAUAAACAUUAUUCCCCUUCCGCUAAGGUUAUUUUACUCGUUCCAAAUACAGAUGGUACAAGCAGUAGUAGAAGAAUCGAAAGGCUGAAGGAAAUUAUUGAGGACGAAUGUACCUCACAGCAAGAAGUUGUGAAAACUAUUGCCAUUUUAACUUCUUCUCGUCUCAAUAAUAAGCCGCUCAAAGAUCUGCUGCAUCUGAAAUCUGAUAUUAAAAUUGUCGUUGAGAGUCUGGGAAGCUCGGGAGAGGAAAUUCAAGCUAAUUUGUUUGCCACUCUGAGGAAGGUUGAUGAGACCGAAAAGGUUGAUCUCAUCGUUGUGGAAGGUGUUCCAGAAGUUGAUGAAGGUCUUGCCGUAAUGAACAGACUGAGGAAAGCAGCUGCAGGUAGUGCUGUUCCAUUUUAG